UCCGGAAGUGGCGACUGCCUCUUUAAUAUGGUCGGUGGUCAAGUUUUCCUCCCCCCGCUUUUUUUCUUUUCUUUUUCUUUUGUUUUUUAAAAGUUCUUUACAACUCCGCAGCGCACAGAUUUUUCCCGGCUUGGAUUCCCCUCGAUGUGUGACCAGAAAUGGAGAGAAAAGUAAGCAGAAUCUAUCUCACUUCUGAACCUGAAAUAAUUCAUUUUCUACAAGUCGCUUGGGAGAAAACACUAGGAUCUGGUUUUGUUAUUACCCUUACUGAUGGGCAGUCAGCAUGGAUUGGGACAGUUUCUGAAUCAGAGAUUUCCCAAGAAGCUGAUGACAUGGCAUUGGAAAAAGAGAAAUAUGUUGAUGAACUGAGAAAAGCAUUGGUGUCAGGAGCAGGACCAACUGACACAUACAAGUUUAAUUUUUCAAAAGACUCUUGUCAAUUCUCCUUUGAGAAGAACUUGAAAGAUGUUUCAUUCAGACUUGGUUCCUUCAACUUAGAGAAAGUUGCAAACCCAGCUGAGGUCAUUAGAGAACUUAUUUGUUACUGCCUGGACACCAUCUCAGAAAAGCAAGCCAAAAAUGAGCACCUGCAGAAAGAAAAUGAAAGGCUUCUGAGAGAUUGGAAUGACGUUCAAGAACGAUUUGAAAAAUGUGUUAGUGCUAAGGAAGCUGUGGAGACUGAUCUUUAUAAACGAUUUAUUCUGGUGCUGAAUGAGAAGAAAGCAAAGAUCAGAAGCUUAUAUAAAUUGUUAAAUGAAGUUCAAGAACUUGAAAAGAACAUCGAGCAUAAAAGGGAAAUUCCAACAUGUUCUGAAAUGACUACUGACAGAGAUUCAAUCUAUGAUGAAAGUACCGAUGAGGAAAAUGAAAUUCCACCUAAUCCCUCUGUAUUAACUUCAGCUACUUUAAAAAGAGAUGAUUCCAUUAUUUCAAGUCCUGAUGUCACUGAUAUUGCACCGAGUAGAAAGAGAAGGCAGCGGAUGCAAAAAAAUCUUGGGACAGAACCUAAAAUGGCUUCACAGGAGCUUCAGCUUCAAGAAAAAGAAAAGCCACCACCCUAGGAACUGCCUCUCUAGGCGUGGACCAGUAGAAGAUGUUCUCCACUCCUUAUUAUUUUUCACCAGUAUUAUUCUCUUAUGUAUCCACAUAGCUUCUUCCCCUCCCUCCCAAAGAAAAUGAUGUCCUUUUCCAUGACUACACCUCCAUGUCCUUAUCUCCUAAUCCUAAUCCAUGCUUUACUUAUCCGUACUGUUCUCAAUAAUUAGACUUAACUGAAAUUCUACAACUAUUUCUCAUCCCUUCUCUUUUAUGUUUCUGUUUUGCCUAAACUGUUCUCUCUGCUUGAAAAUUCUUAUUUCCCAAUUCUUUUAUAAUCCUAGCCUUCAAAAGUCACCUCCUGUACCAGACUUUCCUGGAAAUCAUGAGCACAGUCUUUCCUCAUUGAGUUUGUAGGCUAUUAAGCACAUCAUCUAAUUUUUAACCCAUUUCGAAUGGUAUGGUGUGUUUGUGUCUUAUCUCCAUACUCAGUUGCUUGAAUACUAAGGUAGAACACUGGCACCUUCUGUGUUCCAUGCUCUUAGCAGGAUAUCUGUAGCUUGAGUGUUAGGUAUACAUGAUAUAUUUGUUGAAGUAAUAAAUGAGUGAGUUGGAAUAACUUGGUGUCCUAGUGGUUGGGAAUCAGCAUUGUCACUGCUAUGGUUUGGGUUGAUCCCUGGCCCAGGAAUUUCCACAUGCUGUCGGUACAGCCAAAUAAAUUAAUUAAUACAUGAGUAAAUGACUGUGUUUUUACAUCAGAUUACCUGAGAAAAAUGGUAGAAUAUACAAGGAUAUAUAACUGCAGAAGCAAUUGUGAUUUUAAACAGAGUAGGUUGCAAAAGUUUCUUUUAAAUUAACACUAUAAAAGCAACCAAAGUAUAGGUAUUUUAAAGUUGGUUUUAUUUAUAAAAUUGUAGGUGUUAAUAAUGUCAUUAAUAUCUCUAACUCUUUAAAUCUCUUUUCUAAAAUGUUCAGAGAUGUUUAACUUUUGACUUUUCCUCUUUUUAUGAUAAAUACAUAUAAAUAGUACUUUAAACAAUAUGUGGACUAAAGAAUAAAAUAUGACAAAAAGAAAAUGGCCAUGACUGUUUUCAUCAUUUGUUUGUAGCUAAGCAGACACACCUGUGCUUUAGCCAAUGGUGUAUGUAUCUACAAGACUUCCUAAGUACAGAGAGAAAAACUUAGAGACCUUUUCUUGCGCAAGUACUAUUUUCUGCCAAAGAACUAUAAUCAAAAGACAAUGGGGGCCACAAAAGCAAAGAGUCGAUAUUGUUGACUUUCAGGGUUUAAAUUUUUGGUAUUUUGAAUGAAAAAUGUAAAGUUAAGAAAUAGUCCAAAGACAGAGUAAUAACAGUAGCUUUGCCAAUAGAAAUUUAUCUUCACUGUAUUGUGCCAUAAAAAGUCAUGUGCUCCAAGUAUUUAUGACUUACAGUGAAACUUCUGGUGAACUGGCUAAAUAAAAAUGUUUUAGGAGCAAUGGACAUCCAAGUAGUACUUACAUUAUUUCAAAGAAUAUAUGUGGCCUUAAAAACCAUAGGCAGAAAAAAUUCUUACCAUUAGCAGCAAAUUCUACUUAGUAGCUUUGUAGGAAUUAAUUGAGAAGACUUCUGGAUCCCUUAUUAGAUCACGAGCAAAAAAACCCCGAGUAAAAUAAUAAUAAUAGCAACAACAAUAAAACUAGCAUAAUUACGAUUAAAGGACCAUCUUUCAAAAAUAAAAUACACAAAAUAGAAAUUUGGCUGUAGACAUGAAUUUUAGGUAUGUAUAAAUUAUUAGUGAUUUAUUUCUGGUUCACAUAAAUUUAUUUAGCUUUAGUGAUAAUGCUUUUCUUCCAUUGCUGACAUUGUUAAAGAACUUUUGAAGGCAUUUUUAGAACAUUUUAGACAUUCUAAGCCUUUGAGGAACAUAUUUAAAGACAUUUUUAUAGAAUAGGAGUUUUUUUGGGAGAACUACUUAGUGCUAUGAUGGAGUCCUUGAAUCCAUUGAAGUAGGUAAAUAGAAAACACAAUCGGCAAAUAGUUCUUCCCAAAAACUCUGUAGGAUCAUUUCUCAAGGUUUCUUAUCUUGAGCACUGAUACCUCAAGAAGAAGAGUUUGCAGAAUCUACAAACUCAACAAUCAAUGGAUUGGGUAAAAGUAAAAGUUUUUUUUUUUUUUUUUUUUACUUCUUGAUAUCCUAAUGUGCAUCACGGACCCUCGGGAAGAACAUACAUAGAGUUUAUAACACUUAAAAAGAAUUGUUUGACCGUAGAACCAGUUUUUCAUCAAACAUCGUGUAUCAGUAUGGGAUACAUUUUUAAAAACACUGUCUUGUUUCAAAGUGAAAAAAUUGAUGUGCAUAUAGACUAAUCUAUCUUACAUUUCUGUGAUAAGUUAUUCAUAAAAAGAUGCCAUUAGAAAAGAUACACACCAUUCUGGCAUCAUAGAGCUGACAUGUUCAGUGAGUAACUUUAUGAAAAAGUUGACAAACAUGAAAAAUGACUGUAUACUAUGAUAUAUGCUAAGAAGAAAACAAAAUGGGUAGUUGAGAUGAGUAGGUAGGCAGGAAAGAUUCUAGGCAGGUAAUAGUUAAGCUUUAUGUAAACACAAGGAGCUAGCUUUUUAGAAGUGAGAUAAUGCUUGAAGAAAGAAUGCUAUGUGCAGAGGCUCUAAAUUGGGAAAAAAAACUUGGCCUGAUUUGGUAAUAACGUAAGUAGGAAGUAACACACACACGCACACGCACACGCACACACACACGUAUGCACGCACUAGAUGAGGCAGGCAGGAGAGAUAAUGCAAAGCCUGGAGCACAAAGUAAGGGAGAUGGAUUUGAUUUUAUGUGCUUUUGGAAACUUUUCCAGGGUUUUAAACAGUGAAUUGUGUUACUUGAUUUACACUGUUAGAAGAUCACUUUUUCUGCUCUGUGGUGGAUUGAUUGAAAGUGGGCCAGAGUGGAACUCUGCAAGACCAGUUAAGAGGCUGCUAUAAUCCAGAUGAGAGAUGAAAAGGGAUGAUGUGUUGUCAAAUUCAAGAUACAGUUUGAUGCUUUCCAGUGGAAGAUAAGAGAGAAGUAGCAAAUAAGGAUGACCUUGAUCUUCUUUUCCUCCUCUGCUCUUCUUUCCAGAGAGCAGCCCUAGUGAUAUUUAGCAUUGCUUUAUGCCAAAGUAUAAAUUAUAUAAAUUACACAAUCUCUCUUGGGUUUGACUUAGUUGAUGGAACAUUUGUAGGAUUUCCAAAAUGAUUGACAGACACAAUGUGUAAAAUCCCUGAAGUGACAUUUACUUACCUCUUUGCCUGUUCUGUUCAUCUUAUUCUGACACUUUAUUUCAGCGCACCCUUUCAUUUCAAAUAAACCUCAUUUUCUUUCACCUUAAUUUUGACAAUCUUGUAUAGGACAUGCAAAUGAAUAUUGAAUUGGUACUGUGAGAAAUGAGAACUCUUUUGGCAAGGAUAUGCCACUAUGUUAUUCGCCAUAGUAGCUGUCUUUAUCACUAUUUUCGAUAGCCAAGUGUUAUUCCCCCUAAAUAUGAAACCAUGCUUCCUGUGAUUUAUGGCCUUUGAGUCCGUGAUAAAAAACCAAAACAAAACUAAGUUAUGGAGACAUCUCUUCCACAUAGAAUGCUUGUGCUACACAGAAGUAUUGUGCAGAUUAAUUUCAGCUUCGUUUGUUCAAAUUUAAAUUACAUGUACUUUUGUUAGCUAAAUUCUAUGUAAAUGAAAAUUAUACAGGAAAUAAGAAUAUUAUUUAGGAUUUGCUUCAUUUGUAUUUAUGAACUGAAUGUCCUCUAAAAUCUGUGCAUAGGAAUAUUUUCUCUUGAGUUUUCUAAGGUUUUUUAAUGUAUAUACUGAUAUGUAAGUAUUUUAAGUAUCUAUUAAUAGCAGGUUAUAGAAAUAUGCAGUGUUUUUGCUUUGGAAGAUAGGUUGUGAAGAAAUACCUAAGGAUUUUGAGGAUUAUUCAACUUUAGACAAUAUUAAAGAUUGAGAUCAUAGAAUACUUUAAAUACAGUCUUACUUAAAAACAUAUAUCUAUCUACAUAAUAGAUAUAUACACACACACAAAUAAAAGAUACCAAAGUAUACUUUAUUUUUCUUACAGAUCAUAGAGAUGCUUGCCUUAAAGAUUGCCUCUUAAAUUGUCUCCUCUUAAUGAAUGAAAAACUGAUGUGCUUUAACAUCCUUAGUUAUUCACCAAAGAAUUUCAAAGUAAUAGCUAUACAUUUGCUAGGCCUAGUUUCUGCUAGUUCUCUUUGGCACGGAAAUUCUAAAUGAGCACAUGAAUAUCUGUGAAGAUGCGUCCUUCCAUAUACUCUUCAAGCCCUUGUUAUUUCUCAUCUGAUGUACUAUCAUUUCUUCCUAUCACAUCUCCCUGCUUCUAGUUUUUCUUUUCUCUAAGCCAUUCUCCAUCUUGCUGCCAAAAUGACCUUAGUAAAACAUAUCUAAUCCUGCCAUUCCUUGUUUAAAUGCAUCAAUUUAAAAUCCAAACUAUCUCUCAUAGUGUGGAGGACCCUUCAAUGCACCAUCUCUUUCUGUCUGUACUUACAGAGCAGAGGUAUGCCAUUAUUACCCCAUUUAGAGAAACUCAGAGAGACCAAAGAACUUCUGCAAUGUUAUAAAGCUAAUAAGCAGCAGAGUUUAGGUUACAUAUUGUAUGAAUUAAGUCCUUUGAAGUGUGUUGAAAAUUUUCUUUUGACACCAUAAUAUUCUGUAUGUUCUAGAAAAAAAAAUUGUCUGCAAUUGUUGGAUGAAGUGUUCUAAAUAUGUUCAGUGGAUCAAAUUUGUUAAUCUUCUUAUUGAAAUCUUCUAUGGCUACUUCCACUUUCCUCUGGUUAUUCAAUGAAAAGAGAUGUGUUAAAAUCUUUCACUGCUAUAAUAAGUUUGUCUGUAUCUCAUCGGAGUUGUCAGUCUGACACUAUGUUAUUAGAGAAGGUAGUUUUAUUUUCUGGAAGAAUAGAAUCUUUUAUUGUGAAAUCACUUGCAUUAAUGGUUUUAUUUCAAAAGAUAUUAAUGUAACCAUAUGAGAUUUCUCUUGGGUAGAAUUGACCUGGUAAAUAUGUUUUUCUGUCAUUGUUACUUUCUCCUUUUAUGUAUUCUUACAUUUGGAAAUCUCUGAAUACCACUGUAUUUAACUGGAUUUUUUUUUUAAAAAAAAACCUCAUCUGAUAGUUUUUGUUUUUCAACUUUUUGUUUUUAUAUUUUGGAGGAAAUACACUCUUUCUCUUCUAGUGGCUAUUCUAAUAUUCCAGCAUAUUUUCUUAACAUAUGAAAAUGUAAAGUCAGUCAGAUACCCAUUUGCUCCUAUCAGAGAACACAAUAAUUUGGAACACUUUAAUUCCUUUCAGUUUUAAUUCCUUCCUUCUUUUAUUUAAUUAAUUUAUUUAUUUAUAGUUUUAGGGCCUUACCCAUAACACAUGGAUGUUCCCAGGCUAGGGGUUGAAUUGGAGCUGCAGCUGCCAGCCUAUACCACAGUCACAGCAUUUGGGAUCCGAGCCGAGUCUGUGACCUACACCACAGCUCAUGGCAACACCGGAUCCUUAACCCACUGAACAAGGGUAGGGAUUGAACCCACAUCCUCAUGGAUCCUAGUUGGAUUCGUUAACUGCUGAGCCACGAAGGGAAUUCCCAUCUCUGUUGUUCUUAAGUUUCACUAUGGUACAUUCAAAUGCGGAUAUCUUUUUGGUUAUUUUGCUUGUGAUUCAUGAUUUUAAGGGAGAAUGGUCAUUUUCAUUGGUUUUAAAAAUUCCUCAGUCAUUAUUUCAUCAAAUAUCUCUUCUGUUUUAUAUUCUCGUUUCCUUCCUUUUGGAGUUCAAAUUAUGCUUACUUUAGACCAUCUCAUUCUAUUUUCUGUGUCUCUUAACCUUUCUUUUCUACUUCUCUGACUUACUGUGCUGAAUUCUGCAUAAUUCCUUCUAGUCUAUGCUUUAGUUUACUAAUUUCUCUCUGCAGGUAUGAAAGCCUAAUCUCUGUUAAGCCUGGGCAUUGAAUUUUGAAUUUCAGGUGUUAUAUUUUUUAUUUCUAGAAAUUGUAUGUGGUUCUUUUUCAAAUCUCCUUUAUCAUUGUUUAUAGUUUCCUGUUAUUAUUCUUAAGAGUAUCUUUUACUUCUUGAAAUGUAAGCAUUGUUAUUUUAUUGCUGUUCAUUGGUUACAUUUGAAAUCGCCACAUCUAAUCUCUGUUGUUCUUGUUUCUACUGUUCUCACAUAUGAGCCUUAUUGCCUCAUGAAGUAAGUAAAUUUUUACUGUGUGAUACUCAUUUUUUUCUUAGAAAAUUACUUGUGGAAAUUCUUUGAGACAUAGUACAGAAGUGUUUUCCCUGAAAAAUAUUUGUCAUCACUUCUGCCAUCUGUAGGGACUGAUGGUCUUCAACUACUUUAAACUGCCUGUUGUGAGGUGUUCUUGUUCGUUUACUUUUCAGUUUUAUUGAAGUGUAAUUUACAAAUGAAAGUGUAAUAUAUUUGAAGUGCACAAUAUAAUGAUACAUAUACCUUGUGAAAGGAUUACCACAUUUGAGUUAAUACAUUCAGCAUUGUUUUUAAACUCCCCAAAUCACAUUAAUUUGAGUUGCAGAUAUACCCAAGGGCAGGUUUGUGGUUACCAAAGAAUCUUGUAGUGACCCAGAUUUCUGAGGGAGGGUCUCUUCUUUGGGCAAGCUCUAAGCUUUGUCUUUGCCCCUCUGUGCUCCACAACUCUGAAAAUUAUAGUUUAAGCUCACAAAGUUCCAAUCAACGUCCUCAGGCAAAAAAAGGUUUUAGUACAGUUUAUCUUCCUAGGGUCCUACCUUCCGUUAAGUUUUAUUCUAAUAAUUUCCUUCGAAUUUUAUCAACUCUCCAAUGCUAUUAAGAA